UACACAUUUCCAUCAUAAUAUUGUAUGUAGUAUUACUUUACAGGCUCAAAGCACUAAAUCAGAUGGUGUACAGCAUAAGAACAGUGAGGGAAAGAAUAAUGUUGGUUCAUAAACAGGAAGUGAAAGUUAAUCAGGGUUGAAGUGCACGUAAAGUAGGUCAUUCUGCUCCGUCGAGCGCAAAUAAUAAUAUGAUCCUACUUAGCAGCAUUCUCUAGUACAAUAUAUGCUGUGUAUAAGUUAAUCAUGACAACAUUAAGUAUGCUUAAAAAUGCAUUUAGGAGCAGGAAAGGGUGCAGCGUCGCAUCUCUCUACAGGAUGUCCCGCUUUAAGUCUCAAUCAAUUGCUGCUGCUCAGAAAACAUACUUCACAAAAGUGCAAGGGCUGCCAAACAUCACACCACUGGUGAGUUCAGGAGAGGAGACACUUGAGCCCAUUGCCACCACGGUUACAGGCACCAUCCCAACGUGGAUACAUGGCAGUCUGCUGCGAAAUGGACCGGGAAAGUUUGAGUUUGGGAAUCAGUGCUAUAACCACUGGUUUGAUGGCAUGGCCUUGAUGCAUCGCUUUCAGAUCGAAGACGGUCAGGUGACAUACAGAAGCCGCUUUUUGCAAAGCGACUCAUACAAGAAGAGCAGUGAGAGAAACCGCAUCAUGGUGUCUGAGUUUGGCACUGUGGCUCUACCUGAUCCCUGCAAGAACAUAUUUCAGCGCUUCCUCUCCAGAUUUGAGGUGUUAAAGCCAACAGAUAAUGCCAGCGUCAACUUUGUUAAGUACAAGGGAGACUAUUAUGUCAGCACUGAGACAAACUACAUGCACAGAGUGGAUCCAGAGACUUUGGAGUCCAAACAGAAGGUAGACUGGAGCAAUUUUGUGGCAGUGAACGGUGCCACUGCUCAUCCACACUUUGAUCCAGACGGCACAGCUUACAACAUGGGCAACUCCUACAGAAACAAAGGUGCUUUGUACAACAUCAUCAGAGUCCCUCCAGAAAGAGACGACCCCAAGGAUACGCUAGAGGGAGCCAAAAUAUUAUGCUCCAUCGCUCCCUGUGACAAAUCCAAACCCUCCUAUUACCACAGCUUUGGCAUGUCAGAGAACUAUGUAGUGUUCAUCGAGCAGCCUAUUAUAAUGGAUCUGUUUAAGAUAAUAACCGGCAGACUAUGGGGCAAGUCAAUAAAUCGGGGUAUUUACUGGGACCCCAAGCAGGAAACCAUUUUUCACCUUAUCGACAAACAAACUGGAAAGGAAAUGCCAGUAAAGUACUACACCAAGGCCUUGUCCACCUUCCAUCAAAUCAAUGCGUUUGAGCAGGAUGGUUUCCUCAUGUUAGACAUGUGCUGCUCCGAUGACGGACAGGCCAUAAACAACUUCCUGAUCCAGAACAUGCGCCAGUCAGGAGAGGGUCUGGAUGAGAUAUAUAACACAAUGAGUCGGCCACUGCCCCGUCGUUUUGUGCUGCCGCUCCACAUCAGCAGUGAAACACCUCUGGAACAGAAUCUUAACACUCGUCCUGACAGCACCGCCACCGCCGUCUGCCGCACUAAAACUCAGGUGUUUUGCACGUUUGAAGAUCUCUACGGUGAAGACCUGAAAGACUAUGGGGGUUUGGAGUUUCCUCAUAUUAACUACGCCAAAUAUAACACCAAACCUUACAGAUACUACUAUGGUUGUGGCUUCCGUCACCUAGUGGGAGACUCCUUAAUAAAGAUGGAUCUAGAAACCAAAAAGUUAAAGAUCUGGCGCCAGCCUGACCUCUACCCAUCAGAGCCGGUCUUCAUUCCUUCACCUAAUGCUGAGGAAGAGGAUGAUGGAGUCAUUCUGUCUGUCAUCAUCACACCAGUUAAGGAUAAGAGUACAUUUCUCUUAGUUCUAGAUGCCAAAACUUUUGAAGAGCUAGGAAGAGCUGAAGUGCCUGUCAACAUUCCUUAUGGAUUCCACGGCGUUUUCAACUCCAGUGUAUGAAGCUCUUGGGAUUCACUUCAACAAAACACAAACAAACCACAAGUAGCUCUCCAAAAUGCUUAACCUUCAGUACCACUUAUCAAGGCACUUACUGAACAAUAUUUCUAUGAAAUCAACCUAAAGAGAUCCUUAUAUACUGUAUACAGUUAGUUCUCUGUCAGAAACUCACCCAUAUAAAACCAUUGCCAAAAGAAGCUUAGUCCAGAAUUUGUGACCUUUGAUAUCCGCGUCAACAUGUAAAGUCAAGUCACGUUUAUUUCUAUAGCACUUUUUGCCAUACAAACUGAAUCAAUGCAGAGAUUAACAAGAAAACUACUGAAUGAGCGAUCCAUAACAGAGUGAGCUUUAAAAAGAUUUAUUUUAUGGUGUCCUUGUUACACAUUCCAUUUACUCACUGUAGUAAUACUUUUUUUCAGAAUUACAUGCAACUAGACCGAAACAUAACCAUACAGUAAGUACAUGGAGUUAGUCGAUAUUUCUCAAUACUAUAAUUACACUGUAAUGAGGACACUGUUAAACUCUGCAACAAGCAGUUCUACCAAAGACAGCAAUUUUGUUGUUCAGCUUGAGUCAUCCUCGAUACAUAUGACUUUCUUCUUUCAGACAAACCCUAUCAGAGUAGCUUUAAAGGGCACCUAUUUUACCCCUUCUUCAAGAUUUAAGAUAAGUCUUUUGUGUCUCCAGAAUGUGUCUGUAAAGUUUCAGCCCAAAACACCCAUCAGAUUAUUAUUUAUACCUUUCAGAAUAUUGGAAUUUUCUGCUCUGAGCUGUCAGAUAAACAGCAAUGGGACAGACAUGAAGGAAGCAGAUCUCACAUAACGUUCGUCAGAAAUACUGCAGUAAGGUAGUAUCCACUGCUGUGUGGAUAUCCGUUAUGUUAAUGUACAAAAUAAACUUGAUUUAAAGUCCACAAACCGCGAUUGAGGCAUCUUCUUUUAUGAUUGUAAUGACACAGGCUGUUAUGAUAAAGAUGGUAAAAUCGCUGUAAUUCAUCACAAACAUGCACUGUUUUAAAAACAUUUUAAAAACUGGUAAAACUCAUCACAUUUGAUGAUGAUUGAUGAUCACAGAGAGCUGAACAGAUCUUUUAAUCCCAGUUGCUUUGCGCACGUCUUGUCUUGUUGAUAUGAUUAUACGCGUUAGUAUGGAGACAUGUUAAUAUGUGGCUGUAGAUCACUUCGAUGGGCGGGGAAACCGCACUCCUACGUCACAUUGCAGUGGGCCUCAAAAUGGGAGGGAUUUGGAUCCUAUUUUAACGUCAGGAAUAAUAAUUAAAAAAAAAGAGACUUACUGUCUUUAUAUCACCCCAAUAUGACUGUGGACACACUAUACCUGCACACAGUUCUGUCCAAACAAAAGAUGGUUUUCAUCAUAGGUGCCCUUUAAAUUGUAUCCUGGCUCUUCCAUGCUGUAUAAUGGUGUUGGGUAGUGUCUUAUGAAGUAGAUUGAUGUUUUGUAACAAAAAUACCUUGAAUAUUUAAAUUAUAAACUCAAAUCUCAGACUUCUGAUAGCUGCCGAAUGUGCGUCCUCAACAAUUCUUGACUGUUCUCUGACUCGACGUAUGAUAUGAUGCAAAAUGCAUUCAUAUCGAAAGUUCUGGUCAGAGUAGACAAAGGAGGAUAACUAAAGUGUAAAAUUAAAAAACGAGAUGCUAUAAUGUCAGAAGAUUUCAUUUUAAGAGAAGAGCUUCAAAUGUUUGCACAGCGGUAUUUGAUUAAACUGGAGAACCACAUCAUCAUGCUUCAUACAGUACGUCGAAUCAGACAAGAACUUGUUAAGUACUGGCAAUUCAAGAGUUUAGAAAUAGUUUUUGUUACAAAAACACAUCGAUCCACUUCAUGAGGCAUGCGUUAAGCCCCUGGUGGCCUAUGAGUAGGCCCACACGGAAUCUGCGCGCACAGAAAUCCACAGAUUUCCGCAGAUUUUUAGCCCAUCAUUGAGUCUAUAUAUUUACUUGUGUAAAUGUGUGUAAAUUUAUAUCUAUUCCGUUUUUAAAUUAAUUUCACUAAUUUUAUUGUGAUAUAAUAAUAGUAAUAUUAAGAUGUUCAUAUGAUUUAUUUACAAUACAGUUUGUAAAGUAAUAUUUUCUGUCUUUUAGUAGAAAUAUUAUAUGAGAGACUUGCUUUGUUUACCAAAUAAGUAGAUCCAAUUGGAUUUGCAUUGUAAACAUUAAAUAAAGGUUAAAAAUGUAUUCUUUUUUUAUUUCAUAUAUAUUAAGUUAGUUAUGAUACUCCUAAAAUCAUUCCGAAUAAAUCAGCAGAUUUUUUUACAAAAUUCUCCACAGAAUUAGCAAAAAACGUUAGCAGAUUCUGUCUGGCCAAAUUAGUUUUACUAUGCUUUUAGAAGCUUAAAAAAGGGCCACUAUUUAAAACUAUUAUACAGCACUAAAAAGCCAGGAUAACUACAGGUAAAACUACUGUGUUUUGAAAGAAGAAAGUCAAAUACACUGAGGAUGGCUUUUGGGGUGAGUAAUUUAUGGGUCAUUUUUCGGGUAUUUCCUCCUAAGUGUUGAUUCGGAUCAGUUCAGUGUUGAACAGUGUUUUUCAGUUCAACUCCUGAAAAUGACGAUGGUAUAAUGCAACUCAAUGCUGUUCAAGUUUCGUAGACAUCCAGUGAUGUGCCUUCAUAUCAAUACAUUUCAGACUUUCAUACAUUUUCAUAUUUUCAAUGCCUUAAUGGUGUUCAGCAACUUUAGCCCACCCAGUCACAGUGUGUAAGAAAAGAUACUAUGAUUUCUGAACAGCUGCAGAAGAUGCUUUUGUUUGUAUUGAACAAUAAGAAUAAUAAGAUGGGCUGAUCGGCAAACAUUAUAUUGUUUCUGGCGAUCGAGUGGAUUGUUUUGUAGACCUGUCACAAUGUAAUGCAGGCUUUGCAAAGAGGCUUUUAUUUGAGGAAGAUUAAAAAACAGCCUGCUGCAUAUGAGUCAGAAAGAGGGAAGGAAUGGUAAUGUGAAUAGCUAGAAGUAGAAUGUUUUACUAAAUUGACUUCAGGGAAAAAUGCUUCCUUUUGUCAGCAAGACACAUGCAGUUAAAGACAAAAUUAUUAACCCUCUUCCAAAGUUGCUAACUCCUGUGAAUUUUUAAAAAUUGUUUUUUUUUUAAUCCCAAUUGAUGUUUAACAGAGCAAGGAAUUUUUUAUGUUUUCAGCUUUUUGUCUUCCAAGCGUCCUAAUUCACCUGUUGAGCAUUUAAAUUUCACUUAAAGCCAAAAACUAGUAUCUUGCAAAAUAACUAGUAAAAUUUCAUGCACUAUUAUCACAGCAAAUACUAAAUAAAUAACUUACUAGAAAUUAGUUAUUAAAACUUGUUUAAAAAAAGUGUUGAAAUAAUCUUUAUUAAACAGCAUUUGGGAAAUAUUUGAAAAAGAAUUCAAAUUUCAAAGGACGGCUAAUAAUAUUGUCUUCAGCUGUAUAUGAUUUCUUUAUACAUUUUCUGUUUUAAGUUUAUUUUUUAUACUAUAUCUUUACACCAGAUCAUGACACUUUUGCAAUGUUUGCAAUUGAUUUUAGUUGUCCAGUGUAGUAUUUUACUAGAGCGUAGUACAAUUAUAAAUUGCAUGUUUCAGGAAAGAAAAUGUGAUGUGAAUGCGCAUAUCUUGGAGAUAUAUGUUUUGCAUUAAUAUGAGUAAAUAUGGGGUAAAUGUUGAUGCCUUCUUACUUAAAUUAGUAGUCAAGAACCCAUUUAAAGAAUAUACUGUAAUUCCUGAGGCAGAACAUGAUUUGUAAAAAAACCAAAAGUGGUGAAACCCAAAAGUGCCUUAAUGAAACUAUAAAUAUUUAAAAAUAAAUAUAUUAUUUUGAUUAAAGCUGCAAUGUGUAUCUUUUGGCAAACUAUUUCUCUCCGUUUAUUUGCCAAGCCACACAGUUCCUGGGCAGAUCUAAAAUAGUUCAAAUCUAAAUAUAUGCUUUGUGUUCUUCACAGUGAUUGUGGAUUAGACAAAUUCAGUUUGGAAAAAUCAUAAUUGUGUUCAAUUCUGAACAAAAACUGUUUACAUUCUGUAGCUUUAAAUGACAAAAGAUUAACACCAUGGUGCAUGUGUAUCAUAUUGUAUCAGUUUUCUACCUCUUUGUGAAGUAACAUUUUAAAGACAUUUGUAUUAUGCACGAUUUAACUUUUUGAAGCUAUAUUACAGUUCUAAAUUGCUUAUAAAUUGUACUUUUUUUAAUUGUAACUUGAUCAUAAUUCGUAUGAUAUAAAUAAACAUUUACACACCA